AAGGAAGCAUACCAACGUGGAGGCUUACCCAGAUGACAAGCUUAGUGCGCGAGUCGCAUGACCCUCUCUCCCUUAUAACCCUUCCGUGUCUUUUACGAGUUAGAUUUCUCAUUCGUCAUGGAACAGAUUCACUCUCUCUCUCUUUAGAGAUUUGAUUGACAAACACAACUAAUUCCAAAGCUAACAACUUUAUAGAGAGAGAGAGAGAGAGAGAGAGAGAUGGAGGGUGAAGGAAGAAGAAGAGAAGGAGGAGAGAGAGAAACAGCAACAGCAGCAGCAACGAGGAAGGUGGUGGAGGGUGCUGAUCAGAGAAGAUACAAAGGAAUAAGGAUGAGGAAGUGGGGCAAGUGGGUCGCUGAAAUUAGAGAACCCAAUAAGCGUUCAAGGAUUUGGCUCGGUUCCUAUUCUACCCCUGUCGCAGCCGCACGUGCCUACGACACCGCCGUCUUUUACCUUCGAGGACCCUCCGCGCGUCUUAACUUCCCGGAGCUUCUCAUCGGAGAAGGCGCCGCCGCCCUCACCGGCGGCUGUGACAUGUCAGCAGCUUCUAUUAGGAAGAAGGCCUCCGAGGUCGGUGCUAGAGUCGAUGCUCUUCAGGCAACCCUUCACCACCAUCACCACCAUGUUGUGCCACCACGGCAGCUUCUCUCUGCCAGCUGUGGCGGUGGGUCCGGUGAUUUUGCAGUGCGGGUUGUUGACCUGAAUAAGAUGCCCGAACCCGAGAGCUCCGACUGUGAGUGGAACGUGAAUUGAAGGAAAAAGAAAAAAGGUGCAUGUUUUCAUAUUCAGGUGAUGGUGGUUGUUAACGUGCGCCGGCUGAGGCAAAAUGAUGUUGUUGAUGAGGCCUGUGGUGGUGGUGGUGGUGGUGCGGAGUACUGUACUGUAUCUUUUUUCCUUCAACCUUCUCUCUUGGGUAGUUUUUUUUUAAAAUUUUUAGAUAUUACAAAAGAAUUUUUGGCUUGUAAAAAUAUGUUAAAUGUAAAUUAACUAGUCCGGUAGCAGUUUCUUUUUCUUCUGA